AUGAGGGGGCUCGUAUACGAAGCGAAGAUGAUCCUCAAGCUCCUGGGCGAGUUCAAACCACCCAGAGCUACGUUCAGUACGGACCAGAUACCGGAUCUCACUGGUCGUGUCAUCAUAGUGACAGGCGGCAACACUGGGAUUGGUAAGGAGACGGUGAAGGUGCUCCUACAGCACAACGCGAAGGUCUACAUGGCAUCGCGAAGCCGACCGAAGGCCGAGGCCGCUAUCACUGAGCUGAAGGAGGAAACAGGAAAGGAGGCCAUCUUCCUCGAGCUUGACCUAGCAGACUAUGCAUCCAUUCAAAAGGCUUCCUCGGAGUUCCUAAGCCAAGAGCAACAUCUACAUGUGCUGUUCAAUAACGCUGGUCUCAUGGGGUGCCCCCUCGACCUCCUCGGCCCAGAUGACUACGACCUCCAAUUUUUCACUAACGUUAUCGGCCCGUUCCUGCUCACGAAGCUCCUCCUCCCCGCGCUCGUUGCAGGCAAGGCGUCCUCACCAGACGGCCACACCCGCGUGAUCACGACCUCCUCCUCGGGCGCGUACCUACAGACUAUCAACUGGGACACGCUCAGAGAUGGCCCGGCGCGGAGGAAGAUAUCGUCGCAAGACCUGUAUUGCCAGACGAAAUCUGCGAAUACGGUCGUCUCACGACAGCUGUCAAAACGCUACGCUGACCAAGGGAUCGUCGCUAUCUCGCUGAACCCAGGGAAUAUCGCCACUGAAUUGCAGCGGUACGCACCAGGCCCAGUGCGGUCGUUCAUGCACGCGACGUUCCUCUACCCUGUGGGCCCCGGCGCCCUCACACAGCUCUGGGCAGGCACGAUGCCAGAGGCUUUGGAACACAACGGCGGGUUCUUGAUCCCAUGGGCACGCGUUGGGGAGUGCAGGAAGGAGGCAUACGACGAUGCUUUAGGGGAGAAGCUGUGGACCUGGCUGGAGGAGGCGGUCAAGGAUAAGUAG